AGUAUCAUCGCGCGAUCGCUCAAUCUCCGAUUCAUUACGUCGGCGAUUUCUCUUGAUUAAAAUUUGUGCCAUUGAGUGAAUUUACAUGGAAUACUGAGUGCAAAUAGUGACUUCGUGCAAUCGUGUAUUUAUCGUGUUGCCUUUCCUGUCGCGUGUGAUUAAUACUGAGGUGUUAUACAAAGUGCCACGAAGUCUCGAUCAUCCCACGAGGUUUGGUCAAUCAUGCCACGAAACGUUCCGGCAGAUCCUUCAACUUCCCGCGAAUGGACUUUCGAACAAACAAUGACGUUCAGAACGAGAUGUCGGAGAGGCGAAGACAGCUGAAACUUAGUUUCCAAACCCAGGGCAAUAAUUUGUCGUUUGCCAAUUCCACAAAUUCCUCGUUGUCGAAUUCGACAGGAGCCACGGCGUGUCCACCAAUAUCCUCCCGCCCAAGUCUGCCUUUACCUCUACCUAAGCUGCCAGUCAGACCUCGCAAUAUGUUACCGCAGCAAGAAUUUCUUCCCGACAAGGCAAGAGACAAACUACGAAUGUGCCAGUCUAUGCAGAGCACUGGUAAAUUGCAGUUGUCUACGGACGUAGUGUAUGAUUUCACAAGCGAGGAUCUGCAGGAUCUCGGAGAGAUAGGACGGGGAGGAUUUGGAACUGUAAAUAAGAUGAUUCAUAGGAUAAGCAAUACCGUUAUGGCUGUGAAGAGAAUUCGCUCUACCGUUGACGAAAGAGAACAAAAGCAACUGUUAAUGGAUUUAGAAGUUGUGAUGAAGUCGAACGAGUGCCCGUGUAUUGUGCAAUUUUAUGGGGCUUUGUUUAAAGAGGGGGAUUGUUGGAUUUGCAUGGAACUUAUGGACACGUCGUUAGAUAAGUUUUACAAAUUCAUCUAUGAGAGAUUAAACGAGAGGAUACCGGAAUGUAUUCUAGGCAAAAUCACAGUGGCUACUGUGAAGGCGUUGAAUUACCUCAAGGAGAAACUAAGGAUAAUCCAUAGAGAUGUGAAACCUAGUAAUAUUUUAUUGGAUCGUCGAGGUAAUAUAAAGUUGUGCGACUUCGGUAUAUCCGGUCAGCUUGUAGACUCGAUCGCGAGGACCCGGGACGCUGGCUGCAGACCGUACAUGGCUCCGGAGAGGAUAGAUCCGCAACGCGCACGUGGUUACGACGUGCGGAGCGACGUGUGGUCAUUAGGUAUUACACUGAUGGAGGUUGCUACGGGGUACUUCCCUUACCCGAAGUGGAACUCCGUCUUUGAACAACUUUAUCAAGUAGUGCAAGGUGAUCCGCCGCGGCUCUCCCCCAAUGAGAACGGCAAUCACUUCACCAUGGACUUUGUGAACUUUGUGAAUACAUGCUUAAUUAAGGAGGAGACGCAGCGACCGAAGUACAAUAAACUGCUGGAACAUCCGUUCAUCAGGCAAGCCGAGGAAGCGACGAUCGACGUCGCGGCGUACAUCAGCGGUGUUCUGGACAAUAUGGCUAAUAACGGAGUGACGCCGUUCACUACCAAUCAACCAUAAGAAUCGGUGACGAGAGCGGCGGGACGACAGCAGGGCACGUCACGGCGUCAUAGUACCUCGGUUUUUUGCAGCCCUCCUCAGACUCUCGCCCUCCGAGUACCGUGUCACGAACGGUAUUAUCGCACUCCCAACGAUCUAGCGUAGAUAGCGAAACCGAUCAUUGUUUCUGUCGACGUGCGUCGUCGUCUCACUUAGAAUUUAUAUUCUCUGUGGCCGCGGAGCCACCGUGUACACAGAACGAGUAUCGAGAUGUGCGUCGGCGAGCUGGGCGCGUAUUGUGAAAUUGUUCGGAAGUAGAUUCCGAUUGGAAUUGUCCGGCUAUUUCCUGGACGUCGAUUGCGUUUUUCCGGAAAGUAACGGAACAAUUCCGAUCGGAAUCCACUCCGGAAAGUUCCGCAAUCGCGUGCCCUGGCGUCCCGUUAAAUACCGAAUGGCGAUUGCGUACGCGCGUACGUCCUUCCCUUCUCUUGUUCCGCCAUCCUUUCUCGUCUCUUUCUCGCUCGUUCAAUACGAUCCUAGAUACACGUCGCGCCCCGACAGCAUUUCCCUCGGUUCAUGUAACUCUUCUCGCGAUAGCGCAAUUUAUCCAAAUGAAUUUUCGGCGGAUCAUACGUAUGCGUAUGCACGUACGUAUGCAGAUAUAUAUGUGUGUAUAUAUAUCUAUAUAUAUCUAUACAUACCUGUAUCUGUACAGCGGGCCGUAAUUCGUGAUACAAACGGAAAGGAGACGAUUCUUCAUGUAGAGAUAGGUCACGGAAAAAUAUCGCAUUUUCGUAUAUAAAGCACUGUUAUUUUUUUAGGAGAGGAGGAGAGGAAAUCAGAUUUUAAAUUCAUCAGAUAUCCACCUACUGCUAUUUCUAUUCGUGUAAGUAAACGUUCACAACGAUAGGAUUUACUUUUUGUAUCGGCUCCAGUUAAAUUCUCUCGUUGCGAGCAGUGGAGUUGGUAAGGAAAGACUUGCGCCUGGGGUGAACCGCUCCCCCUCUUUACUACGCUGCCGAUUACAAGACUCGUUGCGAGUUACAGCACGAUACAUGCGGAUGUCAUGUGGCUCAAAAAUUCGCUACGUGGCAAUAAUAGAUGUUGCCGUCCCAGUUUGUCAUUUUCUGGUUGACUGUUAACCAGAGAUUAGUCGACUCUCUAUCUUUUUUUAUAUUAUUAUCUAAGAAGAGAUAGAGAAUCGAUUAACUUCUAGUUAACAGUUAACCAGAAAAUGAAAAACCAGGCCGCAGAGAACAAUUUUCCAACUGCCGGUUAUCAUCGAGGUAAAGUGCGCGUUCAACUUUACAAAUCUGAUUUCUUCUCAAAAAUUACGCCUCGUCAAAAGGAGAAGGCGUUGCAACAGCCUCUCCAAUUUAUUUCUGCACGAGUGAUCGUUUCUUUUCCGCUCGCGUCGCGAAUCACGGUUCAUCCUGUAUAUACGCAUCACUGUAUCUUGCCUAAAGUCCUGGUUUCCACGAUCUUUUGUAAGGAGCGUUACAGGAGUGCUCGGCGGACUAGUCGCCAAGAUGAUAAAACGAGGAUACACCCGCGUAGGCUGUUUUCGAGGAUUUUCUUAGGACAGAUUUAAAUACGAGUAUCAAAUGUUAGGAGUGCUGUAAUGUAAUGGAAAUAAAUCAUCGACACACUCGCA